CGCACGCGCACGGGUGCCCCCCCCCCCGGCGUGAGCUGCGGCCGCCAGGGGGCGCCAGGAGAUAGCGGCUGCCGCCGUAGGCUCCCCGAGGCCUAGAUUGACACGUAGGAGCCGGCGCAUGCUCCGCACGCGUGCGCGCUGCGCGUCCUCCCAGCCAGCAUGGCGCGGGUGGAGCACGUUGUGGCCGACGCCGGGGCUUUCCUGCGGGACGCGGCUCUGCAGGACAUCGGCAGGAACAUCUACACCGUCAGGGAGGUGGUCAGCGAGAUUCGGGACAGGGCCACGCGCCGGCGCCUCGCCGUGCUGCCCUUCGAGCUGCGCUUCCGGGAGCCGCUGCCGGAGUACGUGCGGCUGGUGACUGAGUUUUCAAAGAAAACCGGAGACUAUCCCAGCCUCUCGGCCACGGAUAUCCAGGUACUGGCGCUCACAUACCAGUUGGAGGCAGAGUUCGUUGGAGUGUCUCACCUAAAACGAGAACCAGAGAAGGUCAGAGUGAGCUCCUCGAUUCAGCACCCCGAAGCUCCGCUGCACGUCGCCGGCUUCCACCUCCCCUGCAAGCCUAAACCACCUCAAGAAACUGUAGAAUCUGGGUCUCCAGCCAGUGAGCCCGAGCACCCGGAAUUCAGCUCCUUCCUGUUCUGGAGGAACCCUCUGCCUAAUAUCGACCAUGAGCUACAGCAGCUGCUGAUUGACAGAGGUGAGGAGGAGGAGGAGGAGGAAGGUGAUGGUUCUGAAGAAAGUCGAGGUGAAGACAGUGAUGAGGAUGGCGGUGGCUGGAUAACCCCCAGCAACAUCAAGCAGAUCCAGCAGGAGCUGGAGAAGUGUGACAGCCCGGAGGACGUGCGUGUUGGCUGUGUGACUACCGACUUCGCCAUGCAGAAUGUCCUGCUGCAGAUGGGGCUACAUGCACUGGCAGUGAAUGGCAUGCAGAUCCGAGAGGCCCGGAGCUACAUCCUGCGCUGCCACGGCUGCUUCAGGACCACAUCUGAUGUGAGCCGGGUGUUCUGCGCGCACUGUGGUAACAGGACCCUGAAGAAAGUGUCGGUGACCGUGAGCAUCGACGGCUCCAUGCACAUGCACUUCUCCCGCAACCCCAAGGUGCUGAACCCCCGAGGCCUCCGGUACUCGCUCCCCAUGCCAAGAGGGGGCAAAUACGCCAUCAACCCGCACCUGACAGAGGACCAGCGCUUCCCACAGCUGCGACUGUCCCGAAAGGCCCAGCAGAAGACCAAUGUGUUUGCCCCCGACUACACUGCUGGAGUGUCACCCUUUGCAGAGAAUGACAUCUCCAGCCGUGCAGCCACCCUACAGGUCCGAGACAGUACCUUGGGAGCCGGGCGGAAACGCUUAAAUCCCAAUGCAUCCAGAAAGAAGUUUGUGAAGAAAAGGUGAAGCAACGCUAGCACCUGCGCACAGGCUGGACAGCACGGCGGUGCUGGGGGCAAGUGGUGCCUUGGUCCAGCUGCAUCCCCCCUGGACAUCAGGAUGGGGUGCCAGGACGGCUGCCCAGCUCCUUCACAACUCACUGUGUCGGGUUGGGGUGGUGGAGCCUGGCUCGGACUCAAGCCAUAGGCAGGGACCCAGCAAGGACAGGACAGAACCAAGAUCAGAGCUCAUGGCUGUGAGAGAGUUCCCAGAUGAUAGUAUUUUUCUAAUACAUGUGGCUGCAAGCUCCAGGUUCUUGCCUGUUGAUGAAUUUGAGCUAAAGCAUGAACCA